ACUACCAUCCAAUAUUUUUUCCUAUUUAACCCAACAUGUUCGUUCCGAUUGGUAGCGGGAGUGACCGGAGCCACCACUCCACAUCCCCCAACUAAAAACCAGAGACCUCAACCUUAAGAAGUGCAAGAAUCAAAGCCUAGAGACUUUCUUCAAGACAACCUUUGUGCAUUUCGAUCACAAACCAGAAGUCUUGGAGAAGGACCCUCUCUCUCCAUGGCACCACCAAUGCUCUUCCGACUCAUUCUUCUGUUGCUCCUUUCCGACAUAAUAGCGUCGCGGUCCAUCGUCAAGACUCUCCCGGGCUAUCCCAGUGAUCUCCCGUUUGAACUCGAAACUGGUUACGUUGGUGUAGGAGAAAAGAAUGAUGUGCAGUUAUUCUACUACUUUGUCGAAUCUGAAGGGAGUCCAAAAGAUGAUCCUCUCAUACUUUGGCUCGCCGGCGGUCCUGGUUGUUCUGCUCUUCGUGCCUUCUUCUAUGAAAUCGGGCCAUUUACAUUUAACUAUGAAGAGUCCAUUGUAAAGACACCAACAUUGGAGUUGAACCCUUAUUCCUGGACAAAGGUUGCCAGCAUCAUUUACAUAGAUCAGCCGGUUGGAACUGGAUUCUCUUAUGCAAAUACUUCAGAAUCUUAUAUCAGUAGCGAUACAAUAUCAGCAACACAGACAUAUGAAUUUCUAAGAAAGUGGCUUGUGGAUCACCCCGAGUAUCUAAACAAUCCACUAUACAUUUGUGGUGUUUCCUACAUUGGCAUGGUUAUUCCAAUCAUUGUUCAGGAGAUAUACAACGGUAAUGAGGCUGGAAAUGAGCCACAAAUGAAUAUUAAGGGAUACAUGCUUGGCAAUCCUCUUACAGAUAAAAAUAGAGACAUUAAUUCAAGAAUCAAAUAUGCCCAUCGCGUGGCACUUCUCUCUGAUAAUCUCUACAAGUCAACCAAGGCAAAUUGCAAGGGCGAAUACAUAGAUGUGGAUCCAAGCAAUGGAUUAUGUUCAAGCAAUCUACAAUUAGUAGACAAGUGCCUCGACAAAAUAAAUUUGCCACAAAUUUUGGAACCGUUGUGUUCUACAAUGAACGUAAAAUCUAACUUGCUGAGAUGGGAUAGAAACUCUGCUGAAGAAAAUUCCAUGGAUCUUCUCGGGCCACUACAACAAGUUCCAGGACCAUGGUGUCGGGGCUACAACUACAUUUUUGCCACCAAGUGGGCUAAUGAUAGAGAUGUCCAAAAAGCUCUUAACAUCCGCGAGGGGAUAAAAACAGAGUGGCUUCAAUGCAAUACGAGUAUAGAAUACUCAUUUGGUGUAAGUGCAACCGUCGCUUACACAUUCAACGUCCCUAGUACUGUUGGCUAUCAUCGAAAUCUCACGCACAAAAAUUGUCGAGCUUUAAUUUUCAGUGGUGAUCUUGACAUGAGGGUUCCACACCUGAGCACUGAGAAAUGGAUAGAUUCUCUAAACUUGAAUAUUGAAAGUGGUUGGGAACCGUGGUUUGUUGAUGGCCAAAUAGCAGGAUAUACAAUCGCUUAUGCCCGCAAUGACUACUCAUUGACAUAUGCAACAAUGAAGGGAGCGGGCCACACGGUUCCAGAGUACAAACCGAGGGAAUCUCUAGCCAUGGUUGAUCGGUGGUUUGCUUAUUAUCCUCUGUGAUAAAGAGGUUUAGGUCUAAAUCAGCUCACUUGUUUUUUUUAAAGCACCCAUUUUUGAUUCUAUUGUACUUUUUUGUUGUCUUCGGUGAGGCAUCGAUAAUCGAUAAAUAAGGGCAACUUUGAUCUGCCUCUGCACAACUUGAUCGGACCAUUAAUUUUCAUCAAUGUAUCGAUAUCGAACCCAUAGUGUCAAGAUUAUUGGGACUAGUUUUAACUAUUGAACUAGUGAUCAUUGUUCUAUCACCUUUUUUUUUUCUCACAGUAUUAAAUUUGUAUAAUUUUCACAAUAUUGAUCUUAAUAU